AUGAAGAAGAAAUUAGCAAGCACCAUCACUGAGUCCUCUAAACUUGAUCGCAAAACCAUUGAAAAGAACCGCAGAAUUCACAUGAAAACCCUCUGCAUCCAGCUUGCUUCUCUUAUUCCUUCCAACCUCAAACCAUCCAAAUCCAAGUUUAUGCACGGACAGCAAGAUCAAGUGGAUCUGGCAGCGAGGUAUAUAAAGCACAUGAGAGAAAGAGUAGAGAAAUUGAAGAGGCAGAAAGAGCAAGCCAUGAAGUCAAACUCAAACCAAACAAAUAGCAGAAAAGCGUUGAAUAAUGUCGAUUCUAAAUUGCCAGUACUUGAGCUAAGAGACUUGGGUUCAGGCAUAGAAGUGGUAUUGGUAAGUAAGUUGAACAACAAAACCUUCAUGUUGUACGAAGUAAUUAGUGUCCUUGAGGAAGAAGGCGCUGAGGUUGUCGCUGCAAGCUACUCAACUGUGGGGGAAAAGAUAUUUUACGUUGUUCAUGCUCAGGUUAAAAUAUCCAGAGUGGGGGUAGAGACCUCAAGGGUAUAUCAGAGGCUCCAGGAGUUUAUUGCUCCACUAGAAAGCUGGGAACACGAUUAA